AGACCAUUGAAGAAACAGUAAUAUUUUCCAGCGCCUGCCUCUUAUGGUUCAUAAAACACUUCUUUUCCCGGAAAAAAAAAAAGAAAAAAAGGAAAAAAGAAAGUCAUAUGUGAAGAAUUAGAAUUAAUAUUCCUAGGAAGAAAUUAAUUAUAAUUGUAGAAGAAAACAGGGAAGCAAAAAUAAAAAUUCAGCGAUAUGAUGGCAAACACGAGCAUAGUUACUACAAAUACUAGUAAUUCUGAUCCGUUGUUAGAGGAAGAUGGAGGGGAAGAAGAAGAAGAAAACAGAGGAAUUAGGUGGUGGAACAGAGUAUUGGAUAUGAAGGAAGCUAAGAAACAAGUUUGGUUCUCGAUGCCGAUGAUAAUAACCAAUCUUUUCUAUUACUUGAUAACUCUCGUCUCGGUUAUGUUCGCCGGUCACCUCGGAAACCUUCAGCUCGCCGGUGCAACCCUUGCCAAUUCUUGGGCUACUGUCACUGGCUUUGCUUUCAUGGUUGGGUUAAGUGGAGCUCUUGAGACGCUUUGUGGGCAAGGAUUUGGUGCAAAGCUAUACAGAAUGCUGGGGAUUUAUCUCCAAGCAUCUAGCAUCAUAUCCUUCAUCUUCUCUGUCAUCAUCUCCAUCUUCUGGUUCUAUACAGAACCAAUACUGGUUUUACUUCAACAAGACCCUCAAAUUUCUAAAACAGCCGCGCUCUAUACGAGGUUUCUGAUUCCAGGAAUAUUUGCAUUUGGGUUUAUGCAAAACAUCUUGAGGUUUCUUCAGACACAAUCUGUUGUUUUGCCUUUGGUUUUCCUUUCAAUGCUUCCUAUGCUCUUUCAUAUUGGCAUUGCAUAUAGUUUGGUAAAUUGGACAGCACUUGGAUUCAAGGGAGCUCCACUGGCAGCUUCAAUUUCAUUGUGGAUUUCACUCCUUGCGUUAGCCAUGUAUGUGGCUUUUGCAAAGGAGUUCAAACAUACAUGGACUGGAUUUUCAAUGGAAUCCUUCCACUACAUUUUUACAAUCUUGAAACUUGCCCUGCCCUCUGCUGCUAUGGUGUGUUUGGAGUACUGGGCGUUUGAGAUUCUGGUGUUCUUGGCCGGAUUGAUGCCAAAUUCAACAGAAACCACUUCACUAAUUGCAAUUUGUGUGAGUACAGAAACAAUUGCUUAUAUGAUCACAUACGGUCUAAGUGCUGCUGCUAGCACAAGGGUGUCAAAUGAGUUAGGAGCAGGAAAUCCUGAGCAAGCUAAGAAAGCUAUGGCAGUAACCCUGAAACUCUCCCUGCUUCUUGCUCUGGCUAUGGUAUUGGCUCUAGCUUUUGGUCAUAAUAUAUGGGCUGGUUUCUUCAGUGACAGUUCUGCAAUAAUAACAGAAUUUGCAUCCAUGACACCCCUGCUUUCAAUUUCAAUAAUAACUGAUUCUAUUCAAGGUGUCUUAUCAGGUGUGGCCAGAGGAUGUGGUUGGCAGCAAAUAGUUGUAUAUGUCAACUUGGUUACAUUCUAUGUCGUCGGCAUGACUAUUGCAGUCCUUCUCGGAUUCAAGUUAAAUCUAUAUGUCAAGGGGUUGUGGAUUGGAUUGAUCUGUGGUCUGUCAUGUCAAACUGCCACACUUUUGGUCAUAACAUUGCGCACAAAAUGGACCAAACUGAAUCUGUCUGAAAAUGGAGAUAAAGAAAACCCACUUCUGGUUUAAUUCAGGCUUUUUAGAUUAGAUAAUUGUGGUUUCCUUGAAAAUUAACCCUCAUAUUGACAGUGAAUUCUAGCAAUUUUAUUUUAUUUUAUUUUUUUCCCUUAGUCUUUCUCAACUCAUCUUGUCUCUCUUCCUGAGAAGCAAUUAGUCUCCAAACUGAAUGACUAUUGAAUUUGAAGUAGAUGUGCAAGUGGUGUGGAGUGGACCUCCUGUUAUACACUUUGCUAGUUGUAGUAAUUCCUCUGUUUCUUGAGGAUAAAACAAAGAAAUGUUUUCCUUUCCGAAUUCAAUUGCAUGACUAUAUUUUCUGUU